CUUGGUGUGUUCAACUGAACUGAAGUAUCAUGGGAAUACUUCCUCCAUGAUUAGGCACUUCAGUGCCAAACAUGGAGCUGCUGUGAACCAGGGGAACAUACAUGUGGACCGGAAGCGAGAGCUGGAUGGGGCUCUUGUGAAUAUGGUGGUGAAAGACUCGCAGCCUUUUUCCAUCGUGGAUGACUGUGGCUUCAAGGAGCUUGUGGCCUUGCUUGAUCCUAGAUACACUCUUCCAUCCAGACGGGUUCUGAAGGAGAUGGUGGUCAAGCGCUAUGAGGAGGAGAAGACGAAGGCCAAGGCUGUCAUGCAGAGGGUAGAGGCUGUGAGCCUGACUGCUGAUAUGUGGACCUCCAUUAAUAUGGACGCAUAUCUAGCAGUGACCUGCCAUUAUGUGGAUGACUCUGCAAAGCUGGCCACAGUGCUUUUGGGAGUGCUGCCUUUCCCUGAAGCUCAUACAGCGGUUAACAUCACUGCUGCAAUGAGGUCUCUCAUGGAGGAAUGGGGCACUGAAGGCAAAGUGACCUCAAUUGUGACGGAUGCAGGAGCAAAUAUGGUUGCCUCUGUCAGAAGUUUAAAUCUAAGACAUGCACUUUGCUUUGCUCAUUCACUAAAUUUAGUGGUGAAGAAAUCUCUGGAUGCAACUCCUGGCCUACAAGACCUACGCACAAGGGCUAGAAAAGUAGUCACGUUCUUUAAAACCAGCACAACAGCAAAAGAGAAACUCAGAGAAGUGCAGGAGCAGAUGAAUCGCCCUGUGCUGAAGCUUAUUCAGGAAGUGGACACCCGCUGGAACAGCACCUACCUAAUGCUACAACGCCUUUUCAAAGAGAGGCAGUCAGUGGGAGCAGCUCUUGCGACGCUGAAAACAGAUGUGAGACCUCUGUCCUCUGAGGACUAUGAAACAGCAGAUGCAUGCCUGCAAUUGCUUUCCCCCUUUUUCCAGGCAACAGUGGAACUCUCCGAGGAGAAGAGAGUCUCAGGGUCCAAGAUCAUCCCAAUGACGAAAAUGUUAAUGCUAUACUUGUAUGACACAAUUGGAAAAACAAGCCACAACACAGCUAAACUACUGGGACAGAACUUGGUGUAA